UGUCAUCAGAGCUGCUGGUAGGCUUCUCUCUUCCUGCUUUGCUCUGUUAAUUUGUUUGUUUAUUGUUGUUUCCCCCCUGGAAAACCUUCAUCCGGCUUCGACCCGACCUUAAAACCCCUGAAUCAUCAAGCAGGAAGCUGCGGGACCAAACAUGGCAGGACCCGGCGAGAUCGACGAGGGUUUCUACUCCCGGCAGCUGUACGUCCUGGGUCACGAGGCCAUGCACAGAAUGGGAGCAGCUCAGGUCCUCGUAGCAGGAAUGAGGGGGCUGGGGGUGGAAAUAGCCAAGAAUGUGAUCCUGUCCGGAGUAAAGGCCGUGACUGUGCAGGAUGAGGGCCAGGCUCACUGGUCUGACCUGUCAUCACAGUUUUUUCUGCAGGAGUCUCAUCUCGGCCAGAACCGAGCCACAUGUUCUCUACCACAGCUGGCUGUCUUAAACCCACAUGUGCUGGUAUCGGCACACACCGGACCGCUAGAUGAAGACCUGCUUCAGCAAUAUCAGGUGGUGGUCCUCACUGACUCCUCCCUAGACGAUCAGAAGCGUUUUGGUGAAUUCUGUCAUUCACGUGGAAUUAGGUUUAUAGUCGCAGACACAAAGGGUCUCUGUGGACAGCUGUUCUGUGAUUUCGGGGAAGAGUUCGAAGUCUUGGACCGGGAUGGAGAGAUGCCCGUGUCGGUGAUGAUAGAACGAAUCACGAAGGACAAUCCUGGAGUUGUCGUCUGCACAGAUGACCAGAAACAUGGACUUUCAGAUGGCUCUAAAGUGACAUUUUCUGAAAUCCAAGGCAUGACGGAGCUCAACACUCUAGGCCCCGUGGAGAUCAAAGUCUGUGGCCCGUAUUCAUUCAGCAUUUGUGACACUUCAGUGUUUUCUGAAUACGAACGAGGUGGAGUAGUAACCGAAGUUAAACAGCCACAUAAGCUAAAUUUUAAAUCACUGAGCAAGGCUCUAAAUGAGCGCGAGCUGCUGACGCUAAACGACUAUGGAAAAAUAUCCAGACAUAACACUCUACACCUGGCGUUCCAAGCCCUUCACAUGUUUGUGAAGGAGCAGAAGCGUCUUCCUCGCUCUUGGUGUCAGUCGGAUGCAGAUUCGCUGUUUGCCAUCGUACAAAAGCUGAAUGCGACGGUAGAGCUGGAAGAACUCGAUGAGGCUGCAGUUCGAAGCUUGUCCUUCACCGCUCGAGGGGAUUUGGCUCCCAUGAAUGCGUUCUUUGGAGGACUAGCUGCUCAGGAAGUGAUUAAGGCAUGUAGUGGGAAGUUUACCCCCCUUCAGCAGUGGCUGUAUUUUGAUGCACUGGAGUGUCUCCCUGAGGAGGUGGAGAGUGUCUCUCUGGCAAAGAGCUCCUUUUUACCAAAAAGCUCAAGGUACGAUGGACAAAUCGCCGUCUUCGGGUCGGAGUUCCAGGAGCAGCUCGGGAGGCAGAAGUAUUUCCUGGUUGGAGCUGGCGCCAUUGGCUGCGAGCUUCUGAAAAACUUUGCCCUGAUUGGGCUGGGUGCAGGAGAGGAGGGUCACAUCACUGUAACAGACAUGGACUAUAUAGAAAGGUCCAACUUGAAUCGUCAGUUUCUGUUCAGGUCUAAAGACAUCGGGAAACCUAAGUCUGAAGUUGCUGCCAACGCCGUGUGUGAGAUGAACCCACAGAUAAAAAUCACCGCUCAUCAGAAUCGCCUGGACCCCGACAGCGAGGGGGUGUACGACUACAGCUUCUUCACAGGGCUCGAUGGAGCAGCCGCAGCUCUCGAUAAUGUGGAAGCCAGGGUUUACCUCGAUGGCCGCUGCGUUCAACACCAGAAACCGCUAUUAGAAGGAGGAACUCUCGGAUGCAAGGGUCACACUCUGGUGGUGGUGCCUCAUCUGACGGAGUCUUACGGACCGGCCAAGUCAAGUUCCGGUAACGACAUCCCCCUGUGCACGCUGAAGAACUUCCCACACCGUAUCGAGCACACGCUACAGUGGGCCAGGGAUCAGUUUGAAGGACUGUUCAAACAAACACCUGAAAAUGUGAAUCUCUUCUUGAGAGAUCCAAAGUUUAUAGAGCGGACGCUCACACACGGAGACACCGAAGCUCUGGAGACUCUUGAAGGUGUUUGGAGCAGCCUGCAGGACAUGGACGCUGGAGGACAGCAUCCAAAGAGCUGGGAAGACUGUGUGAGCUGGGCACGCUGCCAGUGGGAGACACUCUAUAACAAUGAUAUCCGUCAGCUGCUGCACUGUUUCCCUCCUCAAGAGGUGACUGCCUCUGGUCUGCCCUUCUGGUCUGGAACCAAGAGAUGCCCCCACCCGCUGACCUUUGACCCCAACAACACUACUCAUAUGGACUAUGUGGUAGCAGCAGCUAAUCUGUAUGGGCAGCUCUUCGGAAUCAAAGGGACAAGAGACCUCGCUUCCACCAGAAAAGUUUUAGAAAAAGUCCAAGUACCAUCUUUUACUCCCAAGUCCUCGGUGAAGAUUCAUCUUACUGACAAAGAAAUGGAGGAAGAGAGGAAAAAGGAGGGUGAUGAUUCUGAUAAAGCUCGACUUGAAGAGCUGAAUGGAAAACUGUCUUCCAUGAAAAGCUCUGCUCAGAUGUACCCCAUCGACUUUGAGAAGGAUGAUGACAGUAAUUUCCACGUGGACUACGUUGUGGCUGCAUCUAACCUGAGAGCAGAGAACUAUGACAUCCCUCCAGCUGAUCGCCACCAGAGUAAACGCAUCGCUGGAAGGAUUAUUCCUGCCAUUGCCACCACCACAGCAACAGUGGCAGGCCUGAUGUGCCUGGAGCUGUUCAAACUGGUCCAGGGUCACAAGAAGAUCAGCUCCUACCGCACAGCUUACCUCAACCUGGCUGUUCAGUACUUUGUCCUGUCCCAGCCAAGCCGCCCGCAGAGCUUUGAAGUGGAGAGCAGUCAUGAAUGA